AGACAUUUAUCGUAAUGUAAUGACUGGUAAUGAGGUAAAAAUGGAUUGUUUCAUUUUGUGCAAUAAUUGUUACCAUGACAACGCAAUGUGGCAAAAAAUACAUUUAUGUAAAAUAAAAAAUAGUCGAGAAAUUAAACAAUUUCGCAAAAUGAUUAGAUUUUGUGAUUAUUUCUUAUUUGUAAAAAAUGCGAUUUAUUAAUAAAUUAUUAAACUUGGCGUGAUGUGUUGAAAGCGUUGGCUUGGCAACCCCCUGUCAACAGUGCCACAUGAUGACUUUUGAGGUGGAAUAGUUUAGCGUAAAAUGCCUGAAGAGAUAAAACAAGAAGUGGUGCUAAAAACCCAAAAAUAUUUAGGAAAAUAUGUGAAAAAGCCCCCACUCAGUGAAAAGUUACUCAAAAAACCGCCUUUUAGGUUUUUACACGAUAUUAUUAAGACAGUUAUAAAAGAAACUGGGUUUUUGAAAGGGCUCUUCACUGAAGAAGAAUUAAAUUCCGAAAAUGUGAAAGAAAAGGAAGCCAAAGUGGCUUUUCUCACUAAAUUAAUCGAUGCCGUUAAAGCAAUAACAAACACAGAUUUGGCUGUUCGUCCCAGUAAAAUCGUCGCGGGGCUUGAACCUACCGAAACUAACAUUUUGCUUCAAACUAUAGGAAAAGCAAUAGAGAAAAAAGUUGAUAGUUCAGAGUACGUAAAACAGUUACAAUCAGGUGAAAUAAUAAAUGAUAAGACGCGAAAAUCAAAAAGACCCUCAGAUAAGAAUGAAAAAAUUAAGAAGACGACUUCGAAAACGGUAAUAAAUAACGAGGAGAAAGUUCGAAGUACUCCAAAAGUCAAAGAAAAACAUAGCAAUGAAACCCCAAAAUCAACGGACAGAGAAAAAUCUAAACCAAAACGGACAUCAAAAGAAAGCAGAAGUAAACCAGCAUCAGACGAUGGGAAAGCAAAGAGUAAAGAGAAGCCGAAAAAGACUAAAGACACGACAAAAGAAACUAGUCAGAAACCAAGUAAAGAAAGUACCGAAAUCCCAACAACCACUGCUGAAAUUAUCUCCCCUGUUGAUAACAUUGACGAAAAACAAAAUUUAACCGAAACACCUGAAAGUUCAGUUCCUGAAACUGUCAAUACUAACUUAUCGGUACCUGAUGAAGAAUCUAUAAAAACUAUCAUUCCUCAAAUCACCGAAACACCCGAAGCCACUGAGCCACGAAAACGUAGCGCUUCGGCCUCGCGUCCCAAAUCAGCUCGUCCUAAAAGCGGCGAUCUUAAAGAAAAAACAACCCAGGAUGAAGUUAAAGAAACUAAGACGAUUCAAAGUCGGCCCAAAAGCUCGUUAAGGCCUCCAAGUGUUAGACCUUCAAGUGCUCGGCCUGGGGCACCUCGUCUGCGACCUGAUUCUGCACUUCCCAUCAAGGAAGUUGUUCCCAUGGGCAAAAUUAAUGUAAUUGUUGAAAGUUUUGACAAGGAUGGAGACGAAGAGGAGACGGUGAUUAUUCAAAGCAAUUCGGAAGCUGUGGAAGAACAAGUCGAAAGUACCGUGGAAGUUUCGGGGGGUAAUCAAGGACAUCUCGUUGAGCAAAUUUUGGAACAGAUUAAUGAAAGUGAUGUUAAAGUUAAUGCAGCUAAAAAUGAUGACGAUUGGCAGAAAGAUGUUUUUCAAGGAAAAGAUGCUACAACUAAGGAAACGAACAAUUUAAAAUCGUUGAUUCAGACGCUGACAAAGACAGCAAAUCCGUUAGGAAAACUAUUAAAUUAUCUUCAUGAAGAUAUCGAUGCAAUGCAAGCUGAACUCGAAAUGUGGACAAAUACGAAGCGUCAGUUGUUUGCUGAAAUUGCGAAACAGAAAAAAAUAAGUCUGGAAAUGAAUAAACCUCUGAUAUCACAACUUGAGCACUUAAAUCAAGAGAUCACGAAAAUGGAAGAAGAAAUUGCAAGUACCAGAAGCAAUAUCUUGCGAAAUGACCGCAAAAUAAAGGAACUUUUAGCAAAAUAAAAUAAGGUUUAAUUACGUUAUGUGCAAUUUUGUUGACUUUAUCUUUGACACAGUUAGGUCACGUUUACUUUCUUCGCAAAAUAAGUAUGGACAAAAAUAAUUUCGAAACUGUAUUGUUAUAAAAUUUACAAUGUUAUUACAAAACUGGCCCAAUCUGUAAUGUUAUUAAUAGUUUUAUAUUAAGUAAAAUUAUAAUAAAAAGCAAUGCGUUUUUAAACUAAGCCAAUAAGGAUAGGUGGAGAAAAAUAA